GCUCUGGAUUCAAAAUGGCGGGACACUUUUCAGGUAGACUAGUUUAAUAUAUUUUUGAAGUAAAAACAGUCGCUACAGUUCUUGGAAACUUCUAAUUACUGCGUAGUAUUUACUUAUAUAUCGUGAAGCUUAAGUUAUUUAGAUGUCGCCCUCAUACUAUAUACCUCGGCCCACACCACACAUCUAGUUCUUUGAAACACGUGUACUGUUUUUUUCAGCUGUUUUUUCUUGGACACUACAGCUGACAUGUACUUGCAGUAGAAUGUGUUGGACAGGAAGUGCAGUUGCUUUUCUAGUUCUUGGUUUCAUUGUUUCACUUUCUGUCCUUGUGUGACUGUGUGAUAUGAAACCCAGAAAACUACAAACUGCCAAAGCGAUAAAAAGUGUUUAACUUUUCUUAUAAUAAAUUGUUAGAGUUUGGCUUGCUUCCUGAAAUUUGCAAAGCAGUGGAAGACAUGGAUUGGCUGUAAGUAUUCUUGACUGAUAGAUUUUUUAUUAAACUGAAUGAAUUUAGAUGUUAACCUUUGCAGAUCUGACAUCGGCCCCAGUUGUUCAAGAGGUGGAUGGCACUAUCCACCGGAUAAAUCGCUCUCCAGUAGAUAGUGCAAUACUAUUGGUUUCUCCAAUAUUUAUCCACUAGACAGUGAUUUAUCUGAAGAAUAGUGCUAUCCAACAUUUGAACAACCAGGGACUGGAGAUUAUCUCUCACAGGCUACUCAGUGACCUGGGGGAAUCCCCUUAUAAAAGUGCCAGGGAUGGUUGUUGUCUUGCUUAGGGGUCUAAAUUGCAAAUUUUGGUCUCAUUUAGGGUGUUUGGGAGGGAAAGACAUUUUAUUUAGCCAUUCUGGUAUCGCUUGGGGCUGUGGUUAAAGAAAUUUACAAAAAAUUGCAUGGUGUCUGUUUUCAUAUGUUCUCCUUAAGGGGUCAGUUUAAGCUUGAGCCACACCCACAUUGGUCUCCCUUAGGGAUUUAAUUUGAAUUUUCUGACAAGCGUCCCCACCAGUUUUAUAUGGGCUUCCUUCCUCGGGCCAAGUGGUACUGUAUAGAACAACAACGAAACUCUGUUUUAUGAAAGUCAAUAAAAAAUUUCAGAUAUUUGAGCUGCGGGAGACUUAAAUUUUUUAAUAAUAUUAUUAUUGAUUUGUCCUUUUCAGGCUACCUACUGAUGUACAAGCGGAAGCCAUUCCGCUGAUUCUUGGAGGUGGAGAUGUGCUUAUGGUUAGAACACAUUCAUUUCACAGUCCAAUCAUCAGUUCAUUUUUGCAGAUCAAACACCAAAGUAAAUUUUUAAUUUUAUGCUGAUCUGCACUUUCUACACAGGCUGCUGAGACUGGAAGUGGAAAGACUGGGGUAUGAAAUAAGUUUUCUUUAACCUUAAGAAGUGAUUUUGUAACAAAUAGUUUUUGGUGAGUCAUGGGACUCAUCUUGUGAAAAAUCAUGAGUCCCUGUCCAUAACCAAUGAGUUCCAGUUUAAAAAAACUAGGAGUCUUAAAUUGAAAAUGCUUGAACCUUUAUGUAGCCAGACAGUUAAUCUCAGGGGACAGAUGCCAAAACUCUUUAUUACUGUUUACUGAAAUUAAAAUAUAGUCCUUCCAUAAAUUAUAUUUAAAGCACAAAAAAGGCUAAAAUAAAUAUGCAUGAGAAAUCACUCAUACAGGAUAUUCCACGUCCAAACCAUCUUCAAAUCGAUCGAUUGUUCGUUUCAUCCCAUGGGGUGCAUUUCAUCAAUUAUUUUGCGUCUUUCGUUAUUUUUAUGCGUCAGGGAUAAAGGACGCAGAGGCAACAAAAUCACUGCUUUAGUGACCACAACACCACUACCCGGUUAAGCUCAGUUGGGAGAGCACCAGUCUGCCGAGCAGGAGGCCACGGGUUUAAAACCCGGCCUGACAAACAACCAGGGUCUUUAGAGAACUGGUGAGAUCACAGGGGCACCCAACGUCAAUUUUUUGGAAAAUAUCUGUUCGAAAGACGAUUUGAGAUCUAGAAAUUUCGGAACAUUUGUUGUAAAAUGUCUUGCUUGCCUGCCUCUCCUAGGAUUUUCGAACUUCUAAAAAAUGGUAUAAUUGCCCAUUUUUAACGGAUUUUUAGCAUAAAAAGGUCACCUAGAAUUUUCGGGAGCCUUUUUUCUGGCUGAAAUUUGCAAAAAGGUAAGUUUUGAUCCCUAUAAUUUUCGGAUCACUAGACUUUCAGCUAGGAAAUCCGAACAGAUGAAAGAUUCGUAGGGGAUAAAAAUAUGCCUAUAUCUACCGUUUAAAAACUAAAACACGUUUAACAAUGCUAUGUUCAAGUGGUUUUGAACUAUAUUCUCGUCGGGUGCCCCUGAGAUCAUGCUGGCUUUGAGUUGAGACCUUGUCUCAGUUCAGAUGAUCAUAUCAUUGGGCAGUGACCUUAAUCCAUUGGUCUUGUCUCCUUCAUCCUUCAUUCAUUAGUCAAAUUCAAGGGGAUGUAAAAGAACCCACACUCCUGUUCAAAAAGAGUAGGGGUGCGGGGGUGUGGUCCACCUUACACUCAUCAUUCAUGGUCAUGGGUUAUAGGUGGGUUACAGUAAACUCAUAAAUGGACUGAUAGCGGCUUCCACUGGCACCCUUGUAUACUGACAUCUUAGCUUACCAUUAACACGUUGAUAUAUAAUUGUAAAGAGGACGCAUCUUGUUGUCCUCUAAUCCACUACAUUUAAUACUUUACACAACAAUUUUGUUUUUUUCGUGGGGUGAUUCCCAUUGUAAUGUUUUUGUAAUGUACGGAAUUAUAUAAAGGUGAUUUUUUUUUUCAGUUAUUUAAUAUUUGAAAGCCAUGCACUUGACUGGUCAGGACUAAAAUAUCCAAAUAAUAUGAUUUCAUAAGUAGCACUAAAUGUCAGUUGGUGGCAGGCUAAGAUAGUAAAGGGCAGGUCAGAAUUUGUAUGGCCUGCCAAAAAUUAAAAAAGGCAGGCUAUAUCUAUAUCUAUUUCAAGCCCUGGCUUUGAUGUUGUUAUUGUUGUUUUUUGUUCUUGUGAAAUUUAUUAUGUUAAUCCAAAAAGCCUCCUAACUAUCAUAGAAAAUUCAAGCCUUGCAGGGCCUAUGACUCACAAUGAUAUUUUCUUAUUCCAUUUCUGAUCAGGCAUUUUGUUUACCUGUGAUUCAAAUUGUGCAUGAAACAGUAAGAGAUGCUCUCAGUGGCAAGACUUCUCGUCCUGCCUCCAGUGCAGCUCCAUCAACUGGUACAAUUUUAUAAUAUAUAAUUUUAUGACUUAGGCAACCUUUUGUGCAUAAACCCUUUCAUUCUCUUGGCUAUAGUGAAUUAAUUGAUCUCACUAAUAACUCAGUCUGUUGUGGUGUUUAGAAAUUUGUUCAGUUUGUUGUCUUCAUGUGUAUGGCACAAGAGCUCUAAAUUAACUUAAUCUAAUCUAGCAUGCCUUGCUUUCAAGGUUGGAGUAAAAGUUAACAGUAUUUAUUCUCACCCGAAGGAAUGGUGAGUCACCAAGGAUCACUAAAUACUGCUACAGCACAGCCAUCACCAUCGUUCUUAGCCCCUUCAACGAAAUUGCAUGGACAUCUGUACUGUCAUUCAGGGUUUUAGUGUCCAUGAGAAUAGUUUCACUCCAAAAGUCAAUUUUAUGGAUUGAGGGAAUCAUGUAAUAUCUAUAAAAUUGCUUCUGAGUGCACAUAUAUGUUCUUUUAAAGAAUUUAUCUUGAGUGCAUUAAUUUGAAUUUGUAUGAAUACUCUGGAGAGACGUAUUUAUAAAUUAUAUCUGACAAUAGACUUCUCAAAUUUCAUUCCGUUGUUAGCACCAACCACUUUUAGAAUGAGUCAACAUGACAGAGACCAAGAUUUUGGUGAGUAUUUAAAUUAAAAACUGUUUCAGAUGACACACUUUUCAUCCACAGACGUUAAUCCAAAUUUGGGCUGAUCUUAUUGACAGCAAUGAGCCUAUUGAUCAUUCAUAAAUUAUGCCAACCUAAAAAGCUCAGAUCUCAAUACAAAAAGAUUGCAAUAAGUAAACUUAUGCAUUAAGUUCUGGGCUAUAAAAAACUUGAAUUCAAUUCGUUUCGACAACCUGUGCGGUAGUCAUCUUCAGAGUCAAGAGUGAAGAUGACCACUGUACAGGUUGUUAAAACGUCAGUCACUGUCAACAACAACUGUCCUAUUCAGGACUACAUUCACCCAGACGAUCAAACUCAACCUACUAUUUUAUUAUUAUUUUUAAUAAAUAUUUAUGACAUCAUGCCCUGGUUUGUAGCCAUUGAUGAGAAAGGUCUACUGUGCCAAAGUCGCAAUCAUUUUAGAUGGCAAGGAUGCCGCUCCACUCUUGGUGUUAAGCAGGGUAAGUCCAUUAUUUAUACAGUGAAUCAUUUAUCUAAUUUUACACAUUGUGUACACGUUGUGUCCUAGGUCAAACUGUUAAAAUGUAUUAUUACCUUGAUCAUUGCCAUAGGCAUGUACUACUAUGAAGCUACUGUAACAGAUGAGGGUCUUUGCCGUGUUGGGUGGGCCACAGAUCUCGCAUCUCUAGAUCUUGGUAAGUUUAAUGACCAAUGAGUUUAAAAUGUCCAUUGUCCCCCAAAGAAGCAGUCAAAAUGUUUGAGCUGUGAACCUCAAUGAGGAAUGGCUUGAAACUGAUAAAUGUGUAUUUACCAUGAAAGUACAGCAAACAGCAAAAACAAGUCCUAUUAAACCUUUAUUUCUCCUGCUUUAUAACUGUAUUUGUUUAAUGUGUUAAUGUUGUUGACCUUCAGGAACUGAUAAACAAGGAUAUGGGUUUGGAGGAACUGGCAAAAAGUCAUUUGGAAGACAAUUUGACACCUACGGAGAGGUAGUGUAUUAUAAGAAGAUAACUGCACUGUUUAAUAAUCAGCUGAUUAUUACCUCAUUAUGUUUUUUUUUUAUAAUUAAUACAUUCACAAAAAUAACUUCCUUCUUAUUGGAUUCAAUGGGGUCAAUAUUUUUACAGUAACUGCAAUGAUUGACUAAUUUGUCUGUGGGUAAUUUGAUGAUGCUGUGGUCCUAUCAAUGGCUCUAUUAAAAUAUCUCUUGAGUGAUCCACAGAUUGAAUUAAAAAAUCUGUGCAAGUUGUUUCAGUAUCACUAACUUUAUUUGGCUUUAGAAUACAUUAUUCAAUUAAAAAACUGGUCUUCUGCAGGGGUAGAGCAGUACUUAGUUAAUGAAUAUAAUAUGAUAAUGGCUCUGAACAUUAUAAGACGUAAAACUGUUCAGCUCUGACUACCAGUAGAUCUUCAAGAUCAAAAUUGGCUACUGGUAAGUUGAGAAACCCUGCCAACCUUGAGUGGCUUCUUGUACACUUAUCCCUAUGAGACCUUGAAGAAACUACAAAAUUUGUAGAGAUGGCAGUGUUGAGUGGUCCUUCCCAAUUGUAUAUUCAUGACGUGAAUUUGUUAUCUAAGAACUCUAUGAACUAAGAAUGUACUUUUUUGUCUGUUUAUUCUCCAGCCAUUUGGAAUCAAUGAUACUAUUGGAUGCUAUAUCAAUCUUGAUAAUGGAUCAAUAAAAUUUAGCAAAAAUGGUAAUAAAUUAACUUGAUACAAUGUUUAAUGUUAUCAUUAUUCACUGCAUUAGGAAUAGUCCCAUGAUACUAUUGGAUGCUAUAUUGAUCUUGAUAAUGGAUCUAUAACAUUUAGCAAAAAUGGUAAUAAAUUAACUUGACACAAUGUUUAAUGUUAUCAUUAUUCACUGCAUUAGGAAUAGUCCCAUGAGGCUUACUUGGUCAAGUUCAACUUCUGUGCAUGAUGUUUUCAUCUGAGAUGUUAAAAGUUCCCUCUGUAUUUGAGAGUUUGAACACUUAGGCACCUAAGUCAAAAGAACAACACUGGUCUACAUAAAAUGGAGCCAUUGGCAGGCCUUGCCGAGAGGGAAUUUAAUUAGAAAUAUUGGUAAUGCACCUGAACAUGAGUUUAAUUACGGGGAAUUUAAUAAAUUUUUAAAUUUCUAAUUAUUAGAAAUAUUGUAGUGUACCUGAACGUGAAAUCUGACUGGUUUGCAUCAAAUGUUACAUUAGGGCCAUUUAUACGAGGAAAAAUAAGAGGCGUCUUACAUAAGACGCGAACUGUACCAUUUAUACGAGCAUAUCUUAUCUAAUGAGACGCGUCUUAGCUAAGCCGCGUCUUAUUUUAGGCGAAAUGUGCUGUUUAUACGGAAUAUGUGCUUAUUUAAGACACGUCUUAUGUAAGACGCGUCUUAUUUUUCCUCGUAUAAAUGGCCCUAAUUGUUUUGUAGGAGUGGAUUUAGGCAAGGCAUUUGAGAUUCAUCGAAGCCUUCAAGGGAACACCUUUUUUGCUGCAGUUGUGUUAAAGGCAAGUAGAAACGAAUUGCAAGAGAUCCUUUUAUGUAGCUUGCUCUGAUCCAACAUGACAAUCUUCUUUUGAUUGAGGGUAUUACACAGUAUUAACAUGUUGCAGGGAAUUAUAAAGUUUAUCAGAAUUUGCAGUAUUCCAGACAUGUCAACUGCAAAAAAAAUGUACUUCAUACAGCAAGAAAAAAUAAGAAGUAAAGUCAUUCAAUGCUUCAGUGUAUCCAUCACCAUCUGUAGAAGUGUGUUUUAACUUCUGUGAUUAUUCUAAUAUUUGUUCACUGUUUUUUGUAUGAUAUGCAGAAUGCAGAGCUGUUGUUUAACUUUGGUGAUUCACCAUUUCAAUAUCCUCCCAAGGUACAGUGAAAAAUUAAUGAGUUAUUCCUAAAAAAGUCUUGGUAAUUCUUCAAGCAUUUUUGGCUCCAAUAAGUUAUACAGGGCUGUCAUUAGUGUCUGGCUAAACUCUAAGUUUGUAAAUGAGUCAAAUAAAACAAGUAUAGGAAGAUUUGUUGGACAAAUGAUUGGCUACUUUCCCUGAAAGUACAGGUUCUUACACAGUGUUGAACAAGAAUUGUCAGAAAGGUUUGAAGUAGAUGGCUGAGUCGUCAAAGUAGUUAGCCAGUCCAGGGAUAUGUUAUUUAAAAAAUGCCAUCUGUAAAGAAAUGCUAAGAAGAGUAGCCAGCCAAUACUAACCAAGUAGGUGACGAUUUUCACCGGCAGCCGGCUACUUUUGACAACCUUGGUUGAACCUUAAUUGCAGCCCUGAAUUAUGGCAUUGAUUUGUCUUUAUAAAGCCCACUGAUUGUCCCUUCGUUGCUUUUGUACUUGCCAUUACAUCUUAUUAACGCUUAUUCUGUGUUUAUUUAGUGCUGAAGUUGCCUCAAUAGCAAAUUUACCUGCCCCUUUAAGCUCUCUGAAAUCACAUUUCUCUUAUACUUAAAGUUAUACAUUGUACUGUUAUAUUGUAUAUAUUUAAGGGUGGAUACACAGCACUGUCCAAAGCCCCAGCUAAUACAGUGAGUGCAUCAAAUAUGAUAGGAGGUAUGUUAUUAACUGUUACCAUCCAGAGGGCACAGUCUAUUUAAUUCUGUUUCCUUCUCAGACAGAAAGUUCUUAAAAAUUCUGCAUUUGGUGAGGGACAGAUUCCAAAUGACUUGUCAAAGUGUCUUGUGAAGAAUGAUACAACAAAAUAUGAUAGAAUGUUGGCUUCAGAAAAUUCAUUUUUUAUGGCAACCUUAUUCAAUGUAUGAAAGCAAAUUAGGCGUAACUUUUUCUAUUGCUGCCCAAUCAAAUGGUGAUCGUCAUUUUUCACUUAAAGUUCCUUUUAAAGACACUCAACUGUUUCAGUAUCAAAAAGUUAUGUACUUGUUUUAUCUUCAUAUUUGCUCUUAAAAAUAUUUCUAGGAGCAACAGCUGCUGCACAGCCCAAAUCUGGAAAGUUUAGCAACAAAUGUAGUCCAUCUGCAAUCAUAAUGGAGGUAAUGUGCGUGAAUUGCAGUGUUUUAGUUUCACCAAGUGCCUGUUGUUACACUGAGCAGGAGUCACGUCAAGUUGUCUUUUAGUUAUCACAACUCGAUGAUUAAUUAAUAUUACAAGGCAACCACUCUGCUCAUUAAGUUCCAUUACUGACAGGCAACUGGUUUUAACGCGCUUUACUCAAAUCUCUAACGCUGUUAUGUUGUACUCCGUGAUCAUUCCUAUAUAAGGCUCAAAACUCUUCCAUUCAACACAUUAGCUGAAUGGAAUGAAUAAGGCAAUGAAUUAGUAAUUUAGGUUUCAAUGUAUUUAUUACCAAGUACUACUUGAGGUCACAAUGUUUAUACAUGUACUUUCCCUGUUGGAGAUAGGACGGCCAUUUUUAGGGUGUUAUUCCUGCAAUGUGAAGGGUCAAGCAAAGCAAAGACUGCAUCUUCUUCCUCAAUUUUAAGAGGAAAUCAGCAGGAAAUAAGAGGGAAUUAGCAGACUGAAACUUCAUGUCUGCUUUUGGGCCUAUAUUGUGGCUUGUUAUUUUUAAUUUGGUGUUAAAAUUUAAACUGCUUUUCAUUAGAAUUUAUCUGUGACAGUAGUUUUUAAAGUAGCAAAGACAUAAAUGUGCACCUCAGCUGUACCUGUUGUCAUGAUACUGAUGGCCUCUUAACUCUUUAAGCCCUAAGAGUGAUCAGCAUCAAAUGUCUCCUUGUAAUAUCAGUGCUUUGUAAAACAGAGUGGUCAUGAGAAUUACGGACAUGAUCACACGAGAUGAACUUUCUUGAUAUUUUAUCAACUUCUUCUCACUACUUCUGUGAGAAAUGAAUAGGGGCAACAAAUGAGAAUUCAAAGUUUGAUCUUAGGGUUUAAAGGCUUAAAUUCAUGGUUUUACCUUGACAUGAAUACUUACCCUGUGUGAAUUCUCUUUUACAGCCUUCAAGAGAACUGGCUCAACAGGUGAGGUUUUUGAUAGUAUCCUAGCUUUUGUUGGUCUCCUAUAGUUAUAAAGUUACAGUUGCUUGGUAGUGUGAAAUAGCUCUUAUAGAAUUUACAGGUUAGCAGCUAAAUAUACGGGAUCAACAGCCUGGUGCUGGUUUUCAAAUUUCCUGGGGCGGGAUGGUGAACCAGUUCGAAGGUUGGCACUUAUUUGAAGCUUAGGGCAAUGGCUCAUGUUUGUUAUUCACAUUACAUUGCUUUUGUUUCAAGUGAUUUUUACCAUAGUAAGGCAAAUACAGAGCACAUCAUUGUAGUAUUCCAGUCUAUUUUAAGGCAAUUUUUUUUGUCACUAUACUCAUCCUUGGCAAAGAGUAAUUUUCAUAUAAACGUCUGGAUCAGCCAAGUCGUCCCAAAAUUUGUUUAGACGAUCAUGAUGAUGCAGUAGUCUCGCACGCAGACGUUUUUAGGGGAGUUGGAAGGAGGAAAUAUGACACCCCUAAAACGCCUGGGUGGGAGACUAGACGAUGAGUGAAAACGCCACUGAUGUGCAGCCUGCGUAGCAAGAGUUUCCGUUUGGUUUCGGAGGAAAACAAGACCGUGGAAAGGCUCGUUCCUCAUUCUUUGCUCCUAAACCACACAGAAACGCUUGCUACGCAGGCUACUGAUGUGAUGCAGAACGAUCUAGACAAUUAGGGAGACAGCAAUUGCCUGGAUAAAAACGAAGUAUAUUUAUAGCUGUUUCCCGUACAAACGUCUGUAUCAAAGAUGUGCCGUAUUGGGGAAGCUUGCGCCAUUUACGUUAAUGGUUUGUAGUCGUAAUAUUGCCUUUGUCUCUGAAUAUCCUAGACCCACAAUCAGAUAUCAAACUUCAGGAAGUUUUUACCAAAUCCUCAAGUGAAGUAAGUUUUCAUGUUAUCAAUAGUAGUUUAUUCUAUACAUACAUACUUGCGAUGAUCAAAGCAUGAUUUGAGCAUGAUUAUGGAAUGUGUCAAGUGAUCUCGAUGCCCUGCCGCUUCCCUCUUCAUUGGCAAGUUAGAGAUUAGAGACCUUUAGAUUCUAAGACGAGAACGACUACGAGUACGAGAUUUUCUCAGUAGUAAGUUGUGCUCGCGGGUGAACGAGCGUCAUUUUGACGGGAAAACGUGGUAGCUGUUGUCAUUCUACUACGAGUUUUAACGAGAGUGUCGUAGUGGCGGGAACAAGUUAUUAGAAGUUUUACCAUUUUCCAAUCUGGAGAAGGCUCAACGUCCUUCAAUAACCAUAACAGUGCUAACUUUUCUGGUGAGAAAAAGUACAAUGAAGAAUUCCGGGGUGUCCAUUUUUUGACAAUACGCGAAAAAACUGUAAAUCAAAUGUCCUAGUCGUAGUUGUUCUCGUCCUCGAAUCUGAAAGUUUCUAUUAUGUCAUUCGUCCAUGUUAUAUCUGCGGGGAUUCAGGAUAGGUAUCCCAAGAUUCGUUAGAUCAACAACGGUUGUCUAUACAGUCUCACUUCAAUCUGUAUUAGGAGUGCAUGAGGUCUUCUGCGUCAAACGCAAUAAACUUUAAGAACGCACUUCAAGUAUAAACACAACUUCCAAAAUGAAACUUAUUUUUUCGUAGUGUUUCACUUGUUCCAGUAAAGAGUAAUUGGGGAAAGGGUACAACAGCUGUAAAAGAAAAAUACUGGCAUCUUCAUUACUGGUAAUCCAGUAGUUUUCAUUAUGGCCCUACUACAGUCUAAGUGAAAGAGAAAGGGUUUGGAAAAAACCAAGCUGACAAUAGUUUAACCAGUUGUGCUAUUUACAAGCAUGACCGUGCAGUUGAACGGUGUGGUAAACUAUUUAUGACUUUUAGGGAGGUACUACUGAUUGGCGGCGAGAAUGUCAAGACACAAGUUCAGCAGUUAAAUGAAGGAGUAAGUUCACAGCGUGAUUCUUUGAGUAAGUGCAUGUGCGCGAAUAAUCACACCUCUUCAAAGCCAAAUUUUUUAAAAAAAGCAACUCCCCUUGAAAUAUGGGCGGGUUCUUUGUAUAAUAAGCGGUAUCCUUUUGUUCCACAAAGAGCCUUGGAGGUUCUAAUAUCAAAUAAUUUUUGUGCUGCUUGUGUCCAAGCGGGAUAGAUAUUAGUAAAUGCUAUUGGAAUUCAAAAGAGAAAGAAGGAUACCUAAUUCCUGAAUGAAUAUUAGUUCUAAAUAGUUUGAGUGGUGCGCUGUUUCACCUAACGUAUCCAUCAUCACCAGUGAUAACAGUUUGUAACAAUUUUUUUCCUUUUCUAUUUUGUUUGCAUAGGUAGACAUAGUGACGGGUACACCGGGAAAACUUGAUGAUUUUAUUUCAACUGAUAAAAUUAACCUCUCUCAGGUAUUCUGUGUCAUUGUUUAUACCAUGUGAUAAUUUCAACUGCCAACGUUUCAGAGCAGUCCGUUGUUUCUUGAAUAAGCCAUUUGCACAAUGGCUUUACUUUACUACUACUGCUACCAGAAUCCUUCAGGAUUUUGGUUCUCAGGCAAAACUUUAUGGCUUUUGUUAUUUAAUCCUUUCACUGCCAAAUGUGUCCAAAGGCAAAUUUUGACCAAAUUUCCAAAUUUCAUUUUGUAAAAUUUUGACAAACAAAUAGCAUCAUGUGUAAGUACAGGCAGAGAGCUUUCAUUUGAAUGGUAACAUCAUAGGAUUUGGUCCACAGACUCAAAAGUGAGAGUCACCUUACAAAACUCCAUCAAACACUCUGGCAGUGAAAGGGUUAAACGUUACUAAGAUUACCAAUUUUUUAGAUAUGCAAUAAAAACGAAAUGAAUUCUGGGGCGCUUACCAUUUACACAAACGACCCGGAUGGAAAUCUCUUGCAUACACAUAAAACUAUAAAAAUUUGACGUUGAAUAUCUGCAUCGAAAACGUCGAUGCGAAAUACUGCUUGGCGGAGAUGACAUUAUUAAUGACGUCAUUAUUAUGUGUUUUCCAAUGUUUGUUUACAUUCGUGCUCGUUUCCGCUUCGCAUUGAUUGGCGGAAAUCUGACAGCUCAAUCGACGGGGAGCCCCAGGGGAAUUGGAGGUGGAAUUCAAAUUCCAGAGACGUAGUUGCAAGCUCUCCUUCCUUUUCCCGCCCCGUCGUAAGAGCCCCGCGGAGAGCUUGCUCGCAGGCUUCCCGUUUCUCGAAAGUGCCGAUAACUUUUCAGGAGCCCGUUUCUCGAAAGUCCCGAUAAUUAACGGGCCCGGUAAGCUGUCUCCGUUUACACUAAAGAUCGAGGUUUCAAUAGUUUUGCAUCUAACAUGUUAAAACGGUCAGUUAAUUAAACAAAAUGCAGUAGUUUGCUAGCCAGGACCUGCGCUCUUAUUCUUUAUAUUUCGAUUUGAAUAUUUGAUUUCGGGCCGGUAAAGGUACCGGGACUUUCGAGAAACGUGCCCCAGGCCCGAAAAGCUCUUUUAUGUUUGCCCUGUUUGCAUUCAUGAUCACGGUAUCAAUAAAUUUUGCAAACGAUACAAUGAAAGUAUCAGUUAGGGUUAACGAAGCAAAAUGGACCGGUUUGUGAGCUAGGAAUUGUGCUAUUAUUCACCAGGUUUUGAUCACAAAAUUUGCGUUCGGACCUGAAAAGUUACCGGGCCUUUCGAGAAACGGGCCCGUAGUCUUAGUAGUAAAAAGCCAAUUGGUUAUUUGCUUUUUGAUUUAAUGUGACUUACAUUUAGUUAUACCAUUAAUUUUUCAGGUCCGAUUUUUUGUCUUGGAUGAAGCGGUAUGUUUAAAAGUUAAAAUGGUCAUAAUGUCGCUUAAAUGGUUUGUUUAGAGGCGAUUUAUGUAUUCAAAAAAUAUGGUUAAUUUUCUUGUAGCCUUGUGAGGAAAUCAUUGGCGUCAAAGAAGUAGCCUUCGGCCAAGAACUGUCGUCUACACCUAAAUUAGUAGUUUCACGCAAUUUUUUAUCCAUAAGAAUUGUUUUGAGUUGUUUUUAUCUGCUCAUUUUCUAUUUUGAGAAAUUCUCAGCUUGAAUCUGACGUUUGCCGUUUGCCGUAUACGUGAAGCUUCAACUCUAAUAAUUUCCUCCUCGAAUGAUUCAAGGAGGCCAUCAAUCCUUCAGGUCACGAGCACGCUAACGCUAGCCUUGUACUGAGACCUUCUUGGGCUUCGUCAAGCGUUCCUUCCCCUCAAGAGUCACGCCAAGGAACGUUUGCGUAGAAAGCUGCGAGCACGGCGCUUUACAAACUUGAUUUGAUUAUUUAGUGUUAACCUUGGAUCUGCGUUUUUUUUUCAGGACGGUUUACUUUCACAGGGAAACCAAGAGCUGAUUCUGAAAAUCUUUGGCAAAAUUCCUAAAAUGAGUCCAGAUGGUAAACGGUUACAGGUAAUUAGCUCAACUCAUUUGAUAAACUCAUCAUAGCCACAGCAAUCAAUUAUUCCUCUAGCUCAGAUAUGCCUGAGCAAUCGUUGCAACGCGACGAAGCUAUCUAUGAACACGCGCUCUGAUUGAAAUACGUUUGAACAAGUCUUAAAUCGUUUUGGUUUCACUUUGACGUAACAUUUCCUAACCACGGCAAUUGCAAACCGUGAAGGCAACACCAAAGCAGAGGUCCAAUACACCCAGCUUCAAUAGGGAAGAUAGGAACCUUUUUCCAGCAAUACGCAUACAUUGAAGGGAACUAACAGCUCAUAGACUUUACUGAGAGGCUUCUCUUGGGGUAACACUAUUCCAACCAACGGGCUUUGCCUUUUCUUUUACAGAUGAUUGUCUGUUCAGCAACUCUUCAUUCUCUUGAAGUCAAGAAACUAGCUGUGAGUUUGACAAUCAAUGGCUUAUUUUUCACUAAGAGUAAUAGAGUUAGUAGGGAGAAAUGUGUGCUUUUUUCUGUCAUAUUUAAGCAGAACAAAUCGGGCUACAUUCCACGGAAUCUGUAAUUUGUCUGAUGGUAAGGUAAUCAUGAUCUCUUGCACUGUUAAAAAAAAUGACAUGUCGAAUUUUCUUUAGAAGCAAAGGUUGUUUUCGCUAUAGAUUAGCAGUGCUUUGAAGUUGUCUGUGAUAUGGAUAAGAUAUGAUGUCAAUCAAAACUCCCAGUAGAUUGAAUCCAUCGGAAAGGUGCUUGACCGUAAUGGGGGUAUAAUACCUUAUGAGGUUUGGCCCUCAGGGUUUUUCUCUUUGUAGGCAAUUGUCAUUAUUUGUAACCCACGUGGUUUUGAUCAUGUCUUCUUACUACCUUACUUGGAAGUUCUUUUUUGGUAGGAUAGAAUUAUGCAUUUUCCAACGUGGGUUGAUCUCAAAGGCCAGGAUGCUGUUCCUGAAACCGUACACCAUGUGGUAAUAUGCAAUCUGAUGAUUUUGCAGUGAUUUUUUCUUUAUCCUUUCAAGUGCUUACAACGCAAGUUUUCUCCUAACAGUGUCUAUAGUUCAUCAAGAGGAAACAGUUUAUGAGAAUUAAGAAAAUGAUCACCAAAGGGAAAAUACUUUGAUCUUUUAUUGAAUUCUCCCAACUAAUUCUUUAAGGAAAUAUAUGGAGAUCAGUCAGGAGAAUUUGUAUGUGGAUAUUGGGGCUUAAAGGGUUAAGUAACUUGUGAACUUGCAAUCAGCUAAGCCUGGUGUUCUUGCGAUUGCUACAGUUGCUGAAAGAAAUCCAGCUAUGUAUGUAAACGAUUAUAGUGAUUAUGUGAAAAUCAGUCUUAAUAUAAAACUGAAGGCUAUCUUAUAUAUCCAUAGAUCGUACGCUCAAACCUCACUGCGGUUAAAAUACUUUCUUGAAUUCCUGGUUUAUAUCACUUUCGUUUCUAGAACAUACUGUCUGAAAGAAGUGUAACGUUUGUCGAUUUUAUCUGCAAUUAUAAAGAAAAAAGCAAUAGCCCAGUUCCCAGUUCCCCCGAAGCUACUGAAAUGAAAAUGAUUUUUUGUUCUCAUGCAAGUAAAACUAAUUUAGCGAGAAAGGUUUUUGCACAUAGCCUCGUUUUGAAAGUGAGAGAUUUUGGAGCUCGGACAUGGCCUAUUUAACCUUCUUCUUCUCGCGCAUGUCCUCUUAUCUCGCGCGCGUUUCUCCUACUCGUGCCCACACUUCAUAUGUGUGAUUACGCAGCAUAGAAAUAGGCUAGAUAACAACGGAGUAAUUUGGCAUGGCUCCACCGACCUUUGCCUUAAUUAUUUUUUUUAGGUUUGCCAUGUUGAUCCCAGUAUAGACACCUCGUGGCAAAAAGUCAAAAAUAAAGUUAAGGUGGGUACAGAUGUUCCCUUGUUCUUCCCUUCCUGCUAGUUGUAGACAGCGUGGCAAGCGCCAAAAGGAGAGGGGAAAGGAGGAAAGACUUAAAGGGAGAGGAAACGGACAGACAAGGAAAGGAACUUCCUUUCCUUUUUCCCUUUCGUGCUUUCUCCCCCUCCCUCCCCUCCCCAAACCCUCCCCUCCCUUUCCCCGCCCGUUCCCUUCCCUCCCCUCCCUCCCCUCCCUCCCCUCCCUCCCCUCCCUUUUUUGCGCCUGCCACACAGCCUAUGAUUGUUAGUAAACUAUAAGUACAUCAUGAACUCGUCUCUUUUCAUUUAGACGGAUGGAAUCCACGCGAAAGACAACAUAAAAUCCGGCGGUCAAAGUCCAGGUACUCACUAUUUUUUUUAAUUGAUUAUAAUUUUUAGAAUUAUGGUCGUAAAACAUUGUCUCCAGCUGUAUGCACGGUGGCUUUUUAUCACUGUCACGUUUUCUAUUACAAUUACAUGUAGAUGUGUCCCAGUGGAUUAUAUUUUACUGAUUUUGAAAGAAAUCUACGAGCAGAACCUCUCUUACAACUGUCGUUUGGUGCGGAGUCGAAGAAACACAGUAGACCUCGCGCCAAAAGCCAGUGCGUCUUACAAUUUUAUCAUAGCCUGCGUAGCAGGCGCUUGGAAGUAGUGGGCGAAAGAGAGAACGGGCCUCUACCUUACCCCCCGCGUGUCUUCCUCGCGCGCCCGUUUUUUCUUCUGCCCACUACUUCCAAGCGCCUGCUACGCAGGCUAAUUUUAUCAUGGACAGUGACCAGACAGAAUAAAGUGGCAGUUGCAGGCCCAUAACACAUGUUCCUUACUCAUGUACUGCAUUGUAAAAAGAGGUUCAGUGGUCUCAUUCUGUUAACUUUUUUGUGCUUAUUCAUUUCCCUUUCGUUAUCAGAAUCUCUGUCUGAAGCUGUCAAGAUUCUUAAAGUAGAAUACCUCGUUACGGCUAUUAACGAACAUAAGAUGGACCAAGCCAUCAUCUUCUGUCGCACAAAGCUGGAUUGUGACAACGUGGAGAAAUAUCUAGUCUCUUUAGGGGGAGGUAAGAUCAGAGAAUAAAUACUACAGGUCAUUUCAGUGGCUAGAAUACGCUUGCACUAUCCCAAAGUAUGAUUUAACCCUUCCACUGCCAGAGUACUUGAUGAAGUUUUGUACGGUGACUCUAACUUUUAAGUCUGCGGAUGAAAUCCUAUGAUGUGACCAUUCAAAUGAAAGCUCUCUGCCUGUACUUACACAUGAUGCCAUUUGUUUUUCAAAAUUUUAGAAAAUGAAAUUUGGAAAUUUGGUCGAAAUUUGCUUUUUGUUAAAUUUGGCAGUGAAAGGGUUAAUUCUCGACUUUGCAGGGAAUUUAAUAGGUGAAACUGAAGGUAUUAGGGGCUGAUAAUUUGCGAGAGGGGUACUUUUACUAGCCUCCCACACAGUUCGUCGGGCAGGAACGUGUGACGAACCCCUAAGAUCGUCUGCGUGGAAGGCUAUUCUUUAACUUGCUUUUGUCUCUUGAAGUGGCAGCGAAUAUAAUAUUUAAUACCAUUUUGUCAGGUAAUUUAAGAAAUUGUAGGCUUGUAUCUUCGCAUCAACAAACAUGUUCUUUCUUUUUAUACAGGUCUUAAUGCUAUGGUCAACGAGUAUUCAUGUGUAUGCCUUCAUAGUGACAGAUCCCCACAGGAAAGGAAAUCCAACUUGCAAGCUUUUAAGGUACCAGUAAUCACUUAAAGAGAAAUGAGUUCAAAUUGUUUGAAUGCUCGUUAAAAUAAGUAACGGUUUUUCGACCCGACAGUGUUGGCAGUGUUAAAGAGUAACUAAAGUCCUAUUUCAAAAUGGUAAACUUGCACUAGUGAGUUGUUAAUGCACGUGGGAGGUUUGCUAAGCAGGAAAGAAGCGUCGUCCGGAACCCGAGGUUGUACGUCCAUUAUAGAGAGUUCAGUUUGUACAAGGUUUGCGCUUCUUCUACUAACGUCUUUCCCCACUCAACAAACUAUACAGGAAAUGGGUACAAGCAUUCGGUGCAACGAUUUCUGGCAUCGUUUGAGUGGACAAGCGUUACUUGUGAUUGGUUAAUGGUUGUCUUUGAUACUGACGCUUGUCCACCGAAACGAUCCCACAAAUCACUGCAACAAAUACUUGUACUCAUUCUCCCUCGAGUUUCCGAAGUGGGGAAUUGCCGUUUUUUUGUAUCUCGAAGGAGGGUGAAGUGAGAUUCCUUGUCUGUACUGACGUUGCCGCAAGAGGUAUUGACAUCAAUGGUGUACCAUAUGGUAAGUCUUGACUUAGAACACUUUUUUAUCUUCCUAUAAAUACGGGUGCUACUGUUAAAUUCCAUCCUUGGUGACCCAAGAGCAGUCAGUUGAGUCGGGAGAAAUGGCGCCACGAAAGUUCAGAGGAGCCCUCGCUGGUGCUUCAGAGCUCUCUUUGCGCCAUUUCUUCCGAAUGACUGGCUCUGGGUCUCCGAAGAUGGUUAAGUUUCUGUUCAACGGUUUAUAAAUUAUUUAGACAAGACUUGGCUGCCUUUGCGUAAAAGUAAUUGUGAUCUCCUAAUACAAUGUAAACGAAUACAGACUCAAACGCUGCUUCUAUGGAUCGGGGCCGAGUUUUUUGAGGCCUGAUUUGCGUCAGUCAAGAGUUACAGUAAAAAAAAAAGCAGCAUUUGAGUGCUAAUUACGAUCAACUUGGCUCUCUCGCUCACAUCUUCCACCAUUAUCACUUGUGUUUAACCAAGUCAAAGUAAUUUUGGUCAAAUUGAAGAUGCUUCGAAUGAGUUGUACCGUUGCUUUGGUAACAUAUUACGUCAUUGACAUGACCAUAUAUUUUAUCACCAAUGAUUGGGCGUUUGUUUUAUGCCCUUAUCAUGUGACAAAGGUCGCCAAGUACCUCUCUGAGUAAGGCUAAUAGGGAGUUUUAGCGACGACGACGGCGACGGCAACGAGAACGUAAAAAAAACAAUAAGGUUUAUUGAGCAAAACAACAAGUUUGCACGUGCAUCACGCUUUUUUCUGCAUUUCUUUGCCGUUACUGCACCACUACGACGUGAAAAUGCCCAAUUUCACGUUUUAUGGAGGACGUAAACAAGCGACGAGGAAAUUUUCUUUCUCUUCCUAGAUUUGAGUGCGCUCCCCAAGAAAUCAACUCCAAAGAAACUUGCCUAAAUUAGACAUUUUCAGCGAACUAAAGUAAACGCGACAAAGUUUGAAAAAAAGCCAAUUUAUUUUAAAAGUGACGUUUUCGCUGCCGUCGCCUUCGUCGAUGCUAAAACUCCCUAUUUUCUUUCCUUUUCCAGUUGUGAACGUGACAUUCCCAGAUGACAAACAGAACUAUGUUCACAGAAUCGGUCGAGUAGGAAGAGCAGACAGGUAACUAUGAACUGAAAUAAUAAUCGGCUCUGUCAUGAGAGGGAGGAGGAAAGCUGUCCGUUUAUGCUGGGAAUCAAUGGGCGGUGCGGUUUUGAAUCAUGACACUGUUCAAAUUAUUAGUGUAUAUUUACUUUUUUUUUUCGCUUGACACACCUAGUUAAUUAGUACCGAUUUUAUUUGAAACAGAAAGUUAUAAUCAUAUGUAUGAUGAGAUGAUCGUUGGAAAUUAAAAGAGUUUGUUGUAGAGCUAGCUCAGGGUGUAGUUCCAGACAACAUCAAUACACCUUUCCGCCUAACAGAGGGCAAAGGAAAUUCCUAGGGAAAGGUGAGUCUCAAAGGAGGCAAUUUCCGAGAUGGUAGACUGUUCACAGUCCCCUAUUUUUCAGUGUGAUCGUCGAGAUCGAGUGCGUCUUACCGUUAAUGGGGGCCAUCUUGAUUUCACGGAAAAAUAGGGGACUGUGAACAGUCUACCGAGAGGGUUGGGUGGUGGCUUCUCGAGGUCUUUUUUCCGGGGGCUCCAAGAUUGUAGAGGUACUAAAAACUAAAAGCUGGGCCUCGUCUAUUGCAUAAGCUAUCACUUAUUUUACUGUUAACCGGUGUUUCAAAACAAGAAUCAUUGUUGAUGAUCUUUCAUUUACGGUAGGCUAACGUAAUCGUUCUUUUUGAUACAAUUAGGGGGUGGGGGGUCAUUAAACACUGUUGCCUCCGUGGACGGGUGUUAUUUUCUAGAACUACACGUUGUCCUGAUAAAGGGUAUCAUCUGAGAAGGGAUGCGCGUAGUGUAUCUUAACAUCGUGUUCGCGUUGAGUUCCUUUCAGUCCAGUUUUGUCGGUGAAGUACAAGAGGUGCAUUUUUCUUCAUGUUUGGCAUUUUCCUCUCGUAGGAUGGGACUGGCACUUUCACUCGUUUCAGAUGUGAAAGAAAAGGUAACAUACAUGGGAUACCUUUGAAAUGUAGAAUGUAGCUUUUUGAGAACAACGUUUGCGUCCUUUCAUUGUAAAUAAAGCUCCGUGAACGUUUCAGAACUGAGCUUAGUUCGCUGAAAGGUUAUCUGUUUCAUUGUUUUUCCUUUAUUCAUUUCAGGUAUGGUACCACUCGUGUCCUAACCGAGGUAAAGGAUGUAACAACGCGCGCUUAAAAGAUCAGGGUGGCUGUGCCAUUUGGUAUGACGAGAAACAGGUAAAUACACCUACACAUUUCUUUCUUUACUUGUGUAUUUAUCGGAUUUAUGUUCAUAAAUCAUCAGCGAGCAGUUUCUUUUUAGAACGAUUUUGGCGCGUAUUUAGUCAGCAAAACCUAAAGACCUAGUCCCGGUUGUUCAAACGUUGGAUAGCGCUAUCCACCGGAUAAAUCACUAUCCAGCGGGUAAGUAUUAGGGAACUAAUUGCACCAUCCACUGGAUAGAUAUUUAUCCACUGGAUAGCGCUAUCCAUUGUUUGAACAACAUUGUUUGAAUGAUGUUUAAAUCUUUUACUUUGAAUGCAUCCAUAUAGGGAGCGGAGCUUUCAAUUUCACUCCGAGGAAAAGGUGCCCUAAAAUGUGUAAAUAUCGCGCCAUAAGCCUAGUACCCCGGGUUACGGGCUGCUAACUGUACAGGCUGCGAGGGAGGAGAACGCGCGCGUGUCCUCCUCUCUCGCGUGCAUACAGUUGAACCUCCGAUAAGCGGCCACCCCCCACUAAGCGGCUAGUAAUCUAGUCCCGAAAUAAUUAACGAAAAAAAUGGGAAAUUAAACCUCUAUUAAUGGAGGUUGGCUGUUUAAUAGAGGUUUCGUCAUAAAUUAGCAUAAUCUUAAGCAGAAACGUAUUCCGUUAAAAUGAAACCAAACUAAGUCUAUCAAAGGCUUAGUGGCCGCUUAAUGGAGGUAACAACAAUGGGAGAACUCUCGUUGGGACGGCCAAAAGGUGACCGCAGCCCGGGUACCCCAAGGGUGGCCGCUUAGUGGAGGUUUCACUGUAGUUUAUAUCGCGCCCCUUAUUUCUUGUGCGCUAUACCCCACUCCCCCCCUUUCGGACAGGCAGCGUUCCAAGUAACAAUUUUGUCUAGCCUUCCACGUCUAGUGUAUUUCUCUUGAUAUCUCUGAUUAAAUUCUCGCAGUAUCUAGCAGAUGUGGAAGAGCACCUAGGUGAGACCAUCUCUGUCAUCCAACCUAACAUGAAAGUGUCAGUCAACGAAUUUGAUGGCAAAGUGCAGUACGGCGAGAAACGACGAAGAGUAGGUAAGGACUUGGUUUUCAGACAUCAACCUUUGUUUCUCAAUAGUGUUUUUCCAUGCUGCUUUUCAUUUCUCAAUAUUUAACGGCAGAAAAAUCGGUUAUUGUUUUUUUGUUUGUUUUUACUUUCAUCACCAUUUAUCGCUCCUUUGAUUCUUUUCUGAAAAGGGACGAUGUUUGAGACACACACAGCAGAACUGGCGCCAUCAGUCAGAGAAUUGGCAGAAAUGGAAUUUAAAGCCCAGACAUCAUUUCUUAGUUUGCAGCACAGAGACUGGAUGAAGCAUUAACGUGCGGCAUUCCACGUUUGAUUUUUCUGCUUCGUUCACGCCCUAGUAAGAAAAAUUGAGGUCAAACAAACGCAAAGAAAACCAGCUCUCAUUUAGCCUUUACUGAGCUAAUUGUAAUGUGGGCGUUGUUGGUUUGGUUAAUAGCGUCCGUCUUUCGAAUAAGGUAAUAUGAUCAAGGACUCCGCAAAGCAGAGCAGUUGUAAGAACUGGAUCAAACAAGUUGCUGUUACAAAAUGAGAUGGUUUGCCUUAUUGACUCAAAAACCUUUACUAACAUCAACCGCGCCAGGCGUCAGCCUUGCACAGAGCUUGCUUGCAAGCUACUCUAACCUUGGAACAGGACACAGAAUUAUUCGAACAGUGAAUCAAGUAAAUGGAGACAAAUAAAAAUACUAUUAAUAACAAUUUUGC